AUGAAACGAGCACGACUAGCAGAAUUAAGACAUCAUUUAGAUAUGGUAGCUAAAGUAGCAUUGCAACCAUUUGUACAAUCCGUUCAUAUUCAUGAUGAUCUUUUAGUGUUCAACGAUCAUUAUCACCAUCACAACAAUCACGUUCGCCAACGAAAUCUACCGAUUCUUCCUUAUCAAAUCUCCAUGUCAAAUAACAAUGAUUUAUUAUGGUCCACAUACAAAGUUGAUUAUGAUCAUUCAUUAUUCGAAUCAAUUGAUGAAAUAAUGAUGAUAUUACAAUAUAAUGGAGAAGAAAAUUUACUUGUUUAUAAAGAUAAUCUUAAAGUUGAAGAAGAAUUUAUAUUUAAUUCUCGUUGUUAUUCUGAUUAA